AUGACAUUGACUUUGGUCCAUCCAAGCCGUGCCAAUGGCUCACCGACUAAGCCCAUUAUCAUCGAUAAAUAUUCAUUCGCACUCAACGGAUGCAAUGUCUCAUAUCGUUUUCACAUUGACAACGAGACCGGCGACGUCAUAUUGGAUCAUUUCGGUGGCUUGGUAACAGAAAAUCCUCCCGUUCAAACCAUCCACAACGGCGGUUGGUCCACGCAGGCCCAUCUUAGACGAGAGUUCCCCGACCUGGGCAGAGGUGACUUCCGAUCACCAGCGGUGUGCAUCAUGCAGGCUGACGGCUGUACCAUAAGUGACUUCAAAUACCAGUCGCACACGGUUUUAGAGGGGAAACCCAGUUUGUCGGAAUUGCCAUCUACUUUCGGCAAGGAAGAUGAAGUUGCAACACUUAUCAUACACAUGUUCGACAACUGCAGCUCUGUUGCUGCAGAUUUAGUCUACUCUGUCUUUCCCAAGCACGAUGCCAUUGUUCGAAGCAUCAAAAUUACUAACAAGAGUGAGAAGAAUAUCAUUGUCGAUAAGCUAGCUAGUAUCUGCGUUGACCUUCCUCCCGGCGAAUACGAUAUGCUCGAGCUUCAGGGUGAUUGGGCCCGAGAAUGCGCGAGAGUCCGUCGCGAAGUUGACUACGGAACGCAAGGUUUCGUAAGUACGGCUGGCUACUCUUCUCACUUCUACAACCCAUUUCUCGCCAUCACAUCACCAACUACUACAGAGUCUCAGGGAGAGGCUUGGGGAUUUUCUCUGGUAUAUACGGGCUCGUUCAGCGUCGAGGUUGAGAAGAGCUCCCAGGGACUAACUCGCGCGUUGAUGGGAAUGAACCCUAGUCAGCUCUCUUGGCCACUUGGCCCCGGGGAGUCUCUUACAUCUCCCGAAUGCGUCUCUGUAUUCUCAGCCUCCGGAGUUGGGUGUAUGUCACGCAAGUUCCAUCGCCUGUAUCGGCAGAAUCUCAUCAAGAGUAAAUUCGUGAGUGUACCCCGACCGGUACUGCUCAACAGCUGGGAAGCCCUGUAUUUCAACUUCGACGAGAAAACCAUAUACAAACUUGCUCAAGAGUCCGCCAACCUGGGCGUUAAGCUCUUUGUACUGGAUGAUGGUUGGUUCGGGGCCAAACAUCCGCGUUUCGACGACAAGGCUGGUCUCGGCGACUGGGUGGCGAACCGUGAUCGAUUUCCCAACGGACUACAACCACUAGCUGAAAACAUAACAAAUCUCCAGCCUGCCAACACUGAGACAAACCUACAAUUUGGUCUUUGGUUCGAACCUGAGAUGGUUAACCAAAAAUCGGAUUUGUAUGAACGGCACCCUGACUGGGUGUUGCAUGCUGGUCAAUACCCCCGCACCGAGACACGCCAACAACUGGUUUUGAAUGUGGCGCUCACCGAGGUCCAGAACUUCAUCAUUGAAUCAGUUUCAGGUAUUCUCCAAAGUGUCCCUGUCUCCUAUGUGAAGUGGGACAAUAAUCGAGGCAUUCACGAAAGUCCUACGCCUCACAAUCAUCAUGCGUACAUGCUGGGUUUAUAUCGCGUGUUUGAGGAGCUGACCAGUCGCUUUCCCCACGUUCUUUGGGAAGGAUGUGCGUCUGGCGGUGGUCGUUUUGACCCUGGUGUUUUACAAUACUUUCCCCAGAUUUGGACAUCUGAUAACACGGAUGCUUUGGACCGCAUUCACAUCCAAUUCGGCACAUCUUUAGUUUAUCCAGCAUCCUCCAUGGGCGCGCAUGUAUCCGCAGUACCAAACGAAUUUACGGGUCGCACUAUACCAUUUAGAUUCCGAGCUCACGUGGCGAUGAUGGGGGGCUCUUUUGGGUUGGAGCUCAACCCGGAUACUCUUCCAGCUGAAGACAAGGCACAAAUCCCAAGUCUCAUUGCUCUAGCAGAGAAAAUAAAUCCCAUCGUGAUCCGAGGGGAUAUGUGGCGUCUGAACCUACCGGCGGAUUCGAACUAUCCAGCUGCUCUCUUCAUUUCAGAGGACGCGAACCAGGCUGUCCUAUUUGCCUUCCAAAUCCGCGCAACAACCGUGCACAACUAUCCGUUGCUCCGGCUUCAGGGCUUAGAUCCUUCAGCAAGGUACAAAAUCGAUGGAGAUCAGACAUUUUCUGGUGCAACACUUAUGAACGGCGGCAUUCAACAUAGAUUUGCGGGCGACUAUGAUAGCAGGGUAGUGUUCCUAGAAAGGUUAGAGCAUAAGGAAACUUAG